AUGCCUGUCUCGACUCUCUUCGAGCUCGCCCGCCAGCGCCUGAUACAAAACAUCACCCUCCUCACAGACGUCGGCGACAUCCCCUACUCCUUCCUCGAGCCCGUCCUCCGGCACAUCCAAAACCCGACGCAACUGCAAGACCUCGAGGAGAACUGCCCCCAAAUCUGCGGCGAGACAGGCUCUCUCUGGAUACGCUUCAUAAAGCGCGACAUACCCGACUACGCCAACAAGCCCCACGAGCCGCGCGACCCGAGAAACUGGAGCAAAGUCUAUCGAAAAUUGAAGAAAGAUGCCGAGCGCGAGAAGCAGGAGCAGGGCGAGGCGUUGAAGGAGCAGAUGCGCGCCCUGCAGAACGACCGCGCGCAGAACAAAACUCUGAUCGUGGACAGCAAGGUCGGGUACGGAUCGAAGCCGCAGGGUUUCGCGUUCGGAGGACGCAGCUGGGGGCUUUCAGGGGCGCCGGCAAAGACGGGGAAAGUGGGCAUGGAUAAGUUGCGGAGGGGCAUGUUUGACCGGAACAGAGAGCGGCCAAAGGCAGCACAAAUGCCGGCACAUGUCCUCGCGCAGAGAAAGAAGUUUGUCCAGGCGCCGGAGAGGAUGGUGCGAAUGGCGGAGAACGCAAACGAAGGCCAGAGGAACAUGGUCGUGUCGAAACCGGCUGCUGCGUCGGUUGCUACCAGGAAAGAAGGCCUUCCUGCACUGAGUAAACCGCAUAUCACUCAACGACCUGUGCCGCAGCAAAGUGCUGCUCCGCCGCGGACCUCCCUACCUACUGGACAGCAGUUUCACGCUCCGAAAUUGAGGCCGACUCAGGAGGCGGGCGCCGUGGCACCCCCGAAGAGGAAGAAGGAAGAGGCGACUAUGUUCCAUCAGCCGAAGCGGAGAAGAGUUUAG